AUGGCUUUUAACGAGGAUGACGCUAGUGGGGUUCAUUUCCCCCAUAACGAUGCCUUGGUGGUGGAAGCCAUGAUAGGAAACCACACCGUGUGCAGAAUUCUGGUGGACAAUGGGAGCUCGGUGGACCUCCUAUACUCCGAUUGCUUGGAGAAAAUGGGAAUCCAAAAGGAACAACUGGAAAAAACCUCCCGACCGCUAUAUGGUUUCACUGGGGACUUUGUUAUCCCACAAGGGACUAUUCGGCUACCCAUAACCGCCGGAGAAAAACCUCGGCAGGCAACUACAAUGGCCAACUUCAUGGUCAGAAAAGGAGGCUCCCAGUAUAACGCGGUGGUCGGGAGACCAACCCUCCAGGCAUUGAGGGUAAUAACCUCCGUCUACCACCAAAAAGUCAAGUUCCCCACCCCAAAUGGCAUGGGAGAAAUGAAGAGCAACCAGUAUGAAGCCAGGGUUACGUACUCUGACGCCCUGUGCGGAUACGACCAGCUAGGAAGACAGGAGGCAAGGAUGGUUCAUCAGGGCCUCGUCGAAGACAUUGACCCUAGGAUCCAAGAGGACGUCACAUGGUCUCAACCCGUCGAGCAGUUGGAGGAAAUCCAAGUUGAUGAAGCCGAGCCCACCAAGGUACUAAAAGUGGGCUCAGGCUUAGCUCCGUCACUUAAAGGUGAGAUCGAAAAUUUCCUCAGGCAGAACCUAGAUGUCUUCGCCUGGAAUCAUUCUGACAUGAAAGGGAUCGACGCCGAGGUAAUAUGUCAUUCCCUAAACGUCGACCCCUCGUAUCCACCCAAGCACCAGAAACGUUGGCCGAUGAACCCCGAGAGAUAUAAAGCGCUGAAAGAAGAGGUCGACAAGUUGGUCAAAAAUGGGUUCAUCCAGGAGGCCCAUUACCCGCAUUGGGUAUCAAACCCCGUUCUAGUGAUCAAACCUAAUGGAAAUUGGAGGACAUGCGUUGACUUCAGCGACCUCAACAAAGCCUGCCCAAAGAAUGGCUUCCCACUCCCUCGGAUAGACCAAAUGGUCAACGCCACGGCGGGACACGAGAUGCUAAGCUUCAUGGAUGCCUAUUCCGGAUAUAACUAG